GAAAAUAAUUAUGUUUGAAUACAACAAUAAAAUUAAUAAAUAAUACUUCAUUGCCAAAAAAUAAAACGUUCAAAAUGUGUUAGAAUAUCUUCAUUACAGCCGUCGUAAAAAUAAGCGACCUAAGAACUUCAUCCCCCAUAAUUCACGGCGGUCUGUCAUACCGACGCAUGCGCAUUCCGGCAGUGUCCAGGGCCGGGUAUCAUGGCGACGUACGUGGAUAUCCUGAAGAGCGAGUUUCCUGAGAUCGACACGGAGCUCUUCGACUACAUCACAGGGGUUUUGGACAGCGGUGGAGCAGACUUUGAGGAUGGGGAGGAGGUGUUUGAUGCCAUUGGCGGCGUCCUGCAGGAGGUUUCUGCUGAUAGUAAAAAUGAGGACGACAUCCGAGACAUCUGUCUUCAGAUGUUUAACACUCUGCAGCUGAAUAACCAUCAUGGCUCUCAGAAGCAGGUGUUGUUGGACGCUCCAGUGCAGCUCUCUCAGAUCUCUGCAGAUAAUGAGUGUGCUGCUAAAGAUGUUCAGGGGAUCUGGAUGAUGAAACGUCCUCAGAACACAACGGUGGACGCUAAGAAACUGGAGAAGGCUGAGGCCAAGCUGAAGGCCAAACAUGAACGCAGGAACGAGAAAGACCUCCAGAAGGGCUCCAGUCCACUAGUCCUGGAGGAGGCGUCGGCCAGUCAGGCCAGCAGCAAGAAGGAUAACCGAGUGGACCAAUCAGGGAAGAACCGCAGCUAUGACAUCCGCAUCGAGAACUUUGACGUUUCCUUUGGAGAGAGGUGUCUGCUCCAGGGGGCAGAGCUGUCCCUGGCAUCGGGCAGGCGGUACGGUCUGAUUGGUCGGAACGGUCUGGGGAAAACAACCCUGCUGAAGAUGUUAGCCAGUCGUAACCUCCGUGUCCCUGCUCACAUCUCCAUCCUCCACGUGGAACAGGAAGUGGCGGGAGAUGACACGUCUGCGCUGCAGAGUGUCCUGGAGAGCGACACGCUGAGGGAGGAGCUUCUGAGCGAGGAGAAGAAGCUCAAUGCUCGCAUCGCCAAUGGAACUGCCGAUGGGAUGGAGAGCGUCCGACUGUCAGAGAUCUACGCCAAGCUGGAGGAGAUCGAGGCCGACAAAGCUCCGGCACGGGCCUCCGUCAUCCUGGCUGGGCUUGGAUUCUCUCCCAGAAUGCAACAGCAGGCAACAAAGGAGUUUUCAGGAGGAUGGAGGAUGAGGUUGGCGUUGGCCAGAGCUCUCUUUGCUCGACCGGACCUGCUUCUGCUGGACGAGCCGACCAACAUGUUGGAUGUCAGAGCCAUCCUGUGGUUAGAAAACUACCUGCAGACAUGGCAAUCCACCAUCCUGGUCGUCUCCCAUGACAGGAACUUCCUGAACGCCGUGGUCACAGACAUCAUCCACCUGCACUCUCAGAGACUGGACAGUUACCGUGGUGACUACGAGAACUUUAUCAAAACCAAAGAAGACCGACUAAAAAACCAGCAGAGAGAGUACGAUGCCCAGCUGCAGUACAGACAGCACAUACAGGUGUUCAUCGACAGGUUUCGGUACAAUGCUAACAGAGCGGCUCAGGUGCAGAGCAAACUCAAACUGCUGGAGAAGCUACCUGAACUCAAACCGCUUGAAAAAGAGACAGAGGUCACUUUAAGGUUUCCAGAUAACUUUGAGAAGCUGUCUCCUCCGAUCCUCCAGCUCGACGAGGUUGAGUUUCAUUACUCGGCUGACCAGCGGCUCUUCUCUGGACUCAACCUAUCCGCCGACCUCGAGUCUAGAAUCUGCAUUGUCGGAGAAAAUGGAGCCGGUAAAUCCACUAUCCUCAAAUUGCUUAUGGGCGAGCUGACGCCGGUAAACGGAGUCAGACAAGCUCACAGGAACUUAAAGAUCGGGUACUUUAGCCAGCAUCACGUGGACCAGCUCGACCUGAACGUCUGCUCCGUGGAACUGCUGCUCAAUAAGUUCCCGGGUCGGACGGAGGAGGAGUAUCGACACCAGCUGGGAGGUUACGGCAUCACCGGGGAGCUCGCCACGAGGCCGGUGGCCAGUCUUUCAGGGGGGCAGAAGAGCAGGGUGGCCUUUGCACAGAUGACCAUGCCAUGUCCAAACUUCUACAUCCUGGACGAACCGACCAAUCACCUGGACAUGGAGACCAUCGAGGCGCUGGCCAAAGCUCUCAACAAGUUCAAAGGUGGAGUCAUCCUGGUGUCGCAUGACGAGCGUCUGAUCCGGCUGGUGUGUCGGGAGCUGUGGGUUUGUGAGAGCGGGAAAGUCUCUCGCAUCGACGGUGGUUUCGACGAGUAUCGAGACAUCCUUCAGGAGCAGUUCAGGAAGGAGGGUUACCUGUGAGGCCCACCUGUGAGGCCCCGCCCACUUUGGACUGACCACACCUGAUACUAACAUAAACCGUGCCCCCCUCCAUUACAACAGCUGUCAGAGCAGCCAAUCAGCUGUCAGAGCAGAGUGGAGGACGUUUUUCUUCUCUGCCCACGCCAGAUGAUGAUCUGCUGCGAGCUGAUUGGUCGUUGGUGUUUACCUGGUGAGGUCACAAUGAACGAUGGAGGAGGAGGAGGCGGAGUCUUCAUGAACGAUGUAUUUAAACUGUGGAGCGAUUGGUGGGUUUAAACCUGGUCUGGUUUUGUAUCAUGGAGUCGCAGGUUUGAGGUUUUAAAGGACGCCAAACAAACGACGAAAUAAAAACAUGACAUCACCAUGUCUUCUUGAUUUCA